AUGUAUAACUACAACGUUUACAUUUUCGGUAAUACACCGGAACCAAUGGGCAACAACGAACCACCGAGUAGAAGAGUAAUACCCGGUCCAGCGGGAGUAAUCAGCCAUCGCAACAGCACCAACGACAUCGACAACAAAAUCACCAUAAUUAUCAGCACCAUCAGCAACAGCAGCACGUGCAACAUGCUUACCAAUAUGUUCAAUACCCACAAUACCAACAAUACCCACAGUAUCAAUACCAGCAGAUAUACCAACAUCACCAUCAACUGCUCCACCAAAUUCCUCAUUUACACCAGGCACAACCUCAAUAUCAGCAGUAUUCAAGAAAUGCAACUUCCAAGAAGAGAUAUAUUCACUGAACAUAUAUCUAAAGAGGAUGCUGAUCAAGGAAUAAGGAGUGGAACGAUGUUCGAAGCGAUUAUUCGAAUAAAUCAAAAAAAUUAUCAAGAAUGUUUUUUGGACCAUCCCGGCGGAACAAAAUACACCGAUGUGUUGUGUCAAAAAACGGAUCGAAAUCGCGCACUCCACGGAGAUUUGGUGGUUGUGAAAAAGAAGCCACGCGAGGAAUGGGUGGUCAAUGGAGAAGAAUUUAUUCGUUGGGUUCAUAAUUUACCUAUACGACUAAACGACCAGGAAUUCAAAAUGUUGGUUAAAGAUAAACCAACAGCAAAAACACAAUCUGAAUACCUUCAAAUCGAUUGUGAUGAAAUUCCGGACGAAUGUCUCAUUAUGACUGGCGAAGUCGUUCGAAUUUCCGAAAAACGUCAUAAACGAAUUGCUGGUGGAAAAUUGCUCAAAAGAUUAAAUUCGCAUUCCGUAUUAUUUGCCGCUCUUGACUCACGAAUACCUCGAAUUAUCAUUCCAAAUAUGGAUGUUAAUCCUGAAUUUUUCACAAGACCACAAGAUUUUGAACGAUACUUGUAUACUGCGAGGAUAAUGGAUUGGCGAGCAAACUCUGUGUAUGCCGACGGACGGCUCGUGCGAGUUUUAGGAGUUUGCGGAGAAAUUGAGCCGGAAACCGAAAGAAUCUUAGGCGAAAAUGAUAUUGAAAAUAUCGAAUUCAACAGUGUGUGCUUGUCAUCUCUACCUUGUGAAGAAGAAGAGGAAUGGACGAUUCCAGAGUCGGAAUUUGAAUAUCGUCGCGAUUUUCGCAAUGAAAUUGUUUUUACAAUUGAUCCGAAAACGGCUCGCGAUCUUGAUGAUGCUCUUUCUAUUCGCCACAUUGAAGAUUGUGAUGGAAAUGGGACUCCAGGCCUAGAAAUCGGAGUUCAUAUCGCCGAUGUGACGUUCUUUUUGAAAGAAAAUACCGAAUUGGAUCGUUGGGCCGAAAGAAGAGGAAAUAGUACAUAUUUGGUUCAAAAGGUAAUUCCAAUGCUUCCACGAAUUCUCUGCGAGCAAUUAUGCUCAUUGAAUCCAGGAGUCGAUCGUUUAAGCUUUUCUGUUGUCUUCAAGUUUACUUAUGAAGCAGAGCUAAAAGACGUAUGGUUUGGACGUACGAUUAUUCGUUCGCGAGUUAAAUUAGCCUAUGAGCACGCUCAAGAUUUCAUUGAAAACCCCGAUCAAGACUUCUCACCUGAACAGUUUCCUCCGAUUUCCGAUGGUGUUACCGUCAGCGAAAUUAAAGAGAAGGUUCUUGAUUUGCAAAAGAUUGCGAAAAUCCUUCGAUCCAAACGCGAAAGUGGGGGAGCUUUGCGUAUUGAGCAACCAAAACUGAAAUUCGCGAUGGAUCUUGAAACGAAACAACCAAUUGGGGUUUCUGUUUAUGAGAUCAAAGAAGCCAAUAAGCUUAUCGAAGAAUACAUGUUAUUGGCAAACAUGGAAGUUGCCAAGAAAAUUGAGCGCGAGUUUCCGGAGCACGCGUUUCUCCGUAAUCAUCCUCCCCCAAAGGAGAAAAAGCUUCAACAAGUGAUUGAGCAAUGCGCUAGAAUUGGGUUCCCUCUUGAUGGAAAUUCGUCCAAGUCCCUCUCAACAUCAUUGAAAAAAUACAGCUCAGAUACUGCAAUUCAUACAUGUAUUAGACAGGUGAUCUCUUCGCUUACUAUUAAGCCAAUGCAAACCGCGCUUUACUUCUGCGCCGCCUCUGCGAAAAGCCCAUCAAGCUACAGACAUUAUGCUUUAAAUGUUGACCGUUAUACUCAUUUCACCUCCCCAAUUCGUCGGUAUCCCGACGUGAUUGUUCAUCGCCAACUUGCCGCUGCUCUCGGUUAUUGCGAGCCCUCGCAGAAAUCUCCCGAAGAAUUGCAAAAAAUUGCCACACGUUGUAAUGAUACAAAAGCUGCAUCCAAAAAGGCUUCGGAGGAUUCUGCUGAUAUGUACUUCGGAGUAUUCAUUCACAGAACUGGAGCAUUGGUCACUCGCGCCGUCGUUAUUGGUGUUCUUGACAAAGCAUUCGACGUACUCAUUGUUCAUUAUGGAAUCGUAAAGCGAGUCUACGCAGAUCAAAUCACCGCAUACGUGAUAGCGUUUGACGAGGAAUCCAGCGUGUUGACUCUCGAAUGGCCAGGAGACUCGCGAGCUGAAUUAGCCAAUCAAUGCGCGUUCCGGCAACAGAUCCGCAUGUGCAUGGUUCUUGACGUUGAGAUGUAUCCGUUGAAGGAAAUCGAAGUCGGCGUCCGCAUUCAUCGGCCGACUCUGGCCCAACGGAGAAUGGGCGAGAAGUCACUUCGCGCGAUGCUUGAUGACAAUAUCAACUUUUUGGAGUGA